ACGUUCACUGGACGGAAGGAAGCGGAGAUGAUGAGAAGUCGUACAGCGCACACAGGAGGUACUUUAAAGAGAAGGUGUUCCUGGUGGCAGAAAGUGCAAAUGGCAAUGUACUUCCCAAAGGCAUCCAUCAGUUUAAGUUCAGUCUUACAAUCCCAUCGGGGAGCAUGCCAUCUUCCUUUAAGGGAUUUUAUGGACGUAUUGUCUACAUUCUUGUAGCAAAAAUUUCAAGAAAAUGGCGAUGGCCAUCCACAGUGAUGAAAGAGCUUAACUUUCUCUCAAAGUCCAUUCAAAACAGUCGAGCAUUUAGUUCUCAGUCUGGAUCGGUUAAUAAAAAGGUGGGGGUUUUCUCGAAAGGAGAUGUCCAUUUGUCUGCUUCUGUUAACAGAGAUGUUUGUUCUCCAGGUGGCACUAUAUCUGCUUUUGCCAAAAUCUGCAACUCUUCUUCCAAAUCAAUGAAGCCCAAGUUCAGUGUGGUCCAGAGAACAGUGUACCGUGCUGGAGUAUCCACUAAAACCAGCAGUAACGUCCUAUUCAAAAGUGUUGGGGACACCAUUGGACCAAAUUCUGAGGCAAUAACAUCCUGUAAUAUUGAGAUUCCUACCUCUGCCAUCUGCAGUAUUGAUAACUGUGAUAUUAUCUCAGUGGAUCAUCUCCUCAAGGUUUAUUUAGACAUUAGUUUCCGUAUUGAUCCAGAGGUGGUGUUUCCUCUGCUCGUGGUUCCUUUUAGCUUGACUUUUCCUUGUGAGGAGGCGGGGCCUUACCCACCUGGUGCUUUUGGGGGCCAGAGUUACAGUGACUUCCCAGCUCCUCUCUACUCAAAUCCUGUCCCUGCAGGCUCAGCUGUUUGUGAAUACCCAGCACCAGUGCCAACUCAGCCAGUAAACCUAGCAAGUGGCUUUAAUGAGUGGCCACAAGAUGCCCCUCCAUAUGGGUUUUCAACUGCAGCUUAUACACCUCAGUAUCCAGCUGUGCCAAAUAAUCAGCAACCAGAAGAGCAACCCCCAUCAUAUGUGUCUCUUUUCUCACCGCCAGGACAGUGACGCAGAUCAAAAAAAAAAUUUUAAAGUAAUUUAAGCUCCAUCAAUAUAUGUAUAUGCCUCUUUUUCUGACCACCACAGCAGUGGCAGGAGUGACACAUUAAAAUAAAAAUCUUAAGUAA